UGUAUUUUUAUGCUACAUAUCUUACCUUUCACGAAUAGCAAACGAGCUUAGCUAGUGAAACACUCCAUUUCUGGAAAUAGCUAUGCCUGGCCACACUGAAUGGUUACAAAUUGAGAACUGAUCUUAAGACAAUGUCAUGCAAUUAAUUGCUUUGGGUUCCAGAAUAAUAACACAAAUUGAUCUAUUUCUAUUGGAAUAAGUAGAUAUAACACAUUCAGUAUGCGUAGUAGACUAUUUAUGGGAAUUUAUGAGAGCAUCAACAUGCCCUGUGCGUCCGGCGCAUGUCCUAUUCAAGUGCUGUUGAUUGAGAUGUCCUGAACAUCAGGCCCACCUCAAUGAGCGUCAGCAAAUAUGGUAAACACAUGUAUAAACGCCCUGAGCGUCAGGUAAUGCCUGGAUUGUUUAUAGGAAACAUUAGAGAUGCAAAAGACACGGGCCAACUUUCUGAGCAUAACAUUACGCAUAUCUUAGCAAUUCAUGAUGAUGCUAGGCCACUUAUAGAGACUCUAAUUUAUAAAUGUAUUGACGCAGCUGACUCUCCAGGACAAAAUAUAGCUGAUUAUUUCCAUGACAGUAUCGUGUUUAUUCACAAUGCAAGAAAAGAUGGAGGAAACGUUCUAGUGCACUGUAUCGCUGGUGUGUCUCGUUCUUGCACGAUAUGCGCAGCGUACAUCGUAACUGUUGCAAAUAUAGGAUGGUCUGAGGCCAUCUCUGUCGUCAGAUCGGCGAGAAGUAUCGUGAAUCCUAAUUAUGGUUUUCAGAAACAAUUACAAACGUUUCAUGACGUCGAAUCGGAAAAGGUCAGACGAGCAUUAACAAAUCAGUACGGUGAGUUUGACCCUGCAGAUAUACAAUUUAUAAAGGACGUAGUAGCAAAUCUUGAUCAAACCGACAAAAGUGCGACCAUAGAUGUGAACUUAGCAUUAGGAGCAACUCCGACAUUUGGUAACUAUGAACGGAAAAAGAAUAAUCGUACUGAAUCUUCAUAAGCAGCUUCGUUUUCAAAGAGAGUGAGAUGUUUGAUCACUAUGCUGGGCGAUUAUGUAUUAUAAUUGUUGAAAUUGUUUACCCAGGAUAGCCUCUUAUGUUCCUAUUGCCAAGGGGGUCCUCGUGCAUUUUGAGCUGCUAUUUCAGAUACAAAAGCCGUGUAAGCACAACAAUCGAUCAACUUACAUAUCAAUCCUUUUCCUUAAAGAAUCGAUUCAUAUUAUUAUAGUCUCUGAAAUGACUUAGUCGGGAUUUGAUAAGAAUUGCGAAUAAAUCUUAAAUCUUAUUUACGCGCCAUUUUUUGCGUUUCUUUCAACCGAUUAUUUCAAAAAAUGCUGACAAAUUCUAGCGGGUUUUAGCACGAGUUAUUAUUUUGUGUUAGAUUAAUCAGUCAUAUUUAGAAUGCAACCUUCCCCAAAAAACUUAAAAUAUAACGACAUUCAUAAUUGCGGCUGUAAUUCAAAUUCUUUUUUGUAUACACGAGAGAACGAAGGCUUUGGUUUCCACUUUAUUGAACAUUUUAGCGUUGCAUCAUUUUUACAUGAAUAUACCUGUAUAUAGCAUCUAUAAUAUACAGUGAAAUAUGUUUAAGAUGGGCCCUCCCAUAAAAUGGAUGGUAAUCCUCGGAACGGGCGCUUAUAAGACGGGCGGGCGAAAACGGACACUUUUUUUCUUGCAUCAAAAAAAAAAUUUUCUUAAAAAACACCUUUAUAAAACGGACACUAUAUAUAAAAAUAUAUUUUUGAUAUAUUUAUUUUGUACUCUUUUUUACUAUUUGGAAUUUUAUUAACUUUUAAGAUGUUCUUCUGAUCCCAUGCAACGACUUCAUUGACUCCAAUCAAUUUAUAAUCAACCGGAAUCUCUAGGUUAUACCCUGCCCCACCGUUGACGUGGUUCCCAGUGACUUUGCACCUAAGGGAGUGAUUUAGAAUUUAACCUACAACUUUACUGAGAUUAGUAGGCCCGUAAUUUGUAGGCAAAUGGGCCCUUUAGGUUUUAUCGCGACUACAAAGUCAUCAUGUGAGUUGUCUUCUUCCAAGCAGCAAACUAAGUCUUCAUCUCCAACUUUUUUUAUUCAAUGAGUUCAUGUAGGCAUAAAAACUCCUUCCAAAAGAAUUGAAGAACAUUUCGGGCUUGAUUUAGCGUGUGAACAAACAAGCAAUUAAGUAUAAACGAAAAUGUCACUUUUCGGCAUAACGAAAAUUUCUAUAUAAGACGGACACUUUUUUUCCAACAAUGAGAUUCACUUUAGACAGAUUUCACUGUAUAAAUGAUCUCCCUCGCAGAGUUUUAUAUGUCUUAUGCAGUGAACGAUCUGUGAGAGAGUUUAUAAAGAUAUGAUUUGCACACGUGUUGUUUAUACCUUUUAAUAUUGUUGAUAGAAGUUAUUAUUUUUGCAUUUUUUUAAAUAUGUAUUUGAAAAUAGAAACGAAGAUAUAAAAAUGA